UGCAACCUCCGCAGGGGUAAAGGACCUAUUAAGAUGGUCCACCCCAGGAGACUUCUGGUUCCAGAAGGAAAUGUUUUCUUUUUCCACCAGGGCCCAAUAGCCUUUGAGGACGUGGCUGUCGAUUUCUCCCUGGAGGAGUGGGCUCUCCUGAAUCCUGGUCAGAAAGCCUUGCACGGGCAGAUCACGGAGGAGAUUAAUGAGAUUGUGGACUCUCUUGUAGAUAACGAGGAAAAAAGCAAUGUAUACAGCAAAGACAUGAAGCAUUUGGGACACAUUGAGGACCUUCCUAGACACCAGGAAGCCUACUUGGAAGAUGAAGAUUCUGCCAGAGAAAGCCCUUAUAUAUGCAGUGCAUGUGGGCAAUGUUUCACCCAAUAUGUAGAACUUGAGUUUCACAAAUGUGUAGUUGAUCACAAUUUGCUAGAUCUGUGCCAACAAGAAAUCUUUCAAGGAACUGAGGAUUUCAUUAGCCAAGAGUAUGAGAAAUAUUUUAUCCAGGGCUCACACUUGGUGAAACACGAGACAUUUAACACAGGACAAGAACCUUACAGAUGCCAGGAGUGUGGAAAAUGUUUUGCUCGCAAUUCAAACUUGGUGAGGCACAAAAGACUCCACACAGGAGAGAAGCCAUACCAAUGCCAGGAGUGUGGGAAAUGUUUUGCUCGCAGUUCAGCCUUGGUGAGCCACAAAACACUUCACACAGGGGAUAAGCCAUACCAGUGCCAGGAGUGUGGGAAUUAUUGUGCUUCCCAUUCAGACUUGGUGAAGCACAAAAGAAUUCACACAGGAGAGCAGCCAUGCCAAUGCCAGGAGUGUGGGAAAUAUUUUGCUCACAAAUCAGCCUUGGUGGGCCACAAAAGACUCCACACAGGGGAGAAGCCAUACCAGUGCCAGGAUUGUGGGAGAUGUUUUACUCACAAUUCACACUUGGUGAGGCACAAAAGGCUCCACACAGGAGAGAAGCCAUACCAAUGCCAGGAGUGUGGGAAAUGUUUUGCUGACAAUUCAGACAUGCUGAGGCACAAAAGACUUCAUACAGGGGAAAAGCCACACAAAUGCCAGGAGUGUGGGAAAUGUUUUGCUGACAGUUCACACUUGGUGAGGCACAAAAGAUUUCACACAGGAGAGAAGCCACACCAAUGCCAGGAGUGUGGAAAAUGUUUUGCUCACAAUUCACACUUAGUGAGGCACCAAAUACUACACACAGGAGAGAAGCCAUACCAAUGCCAGGAGUGUGGGAAAUGUUUUGCUCGCAGUUCACACUUGGUGCGGCACAAAAGACUUCACACAGGAGAGAAGCCACACAAAUGCCAGGAGUGUGGGAAAUGUUUUGCUUACAGUUCAGACUUGGUUAGGCACAAAAGACUUCACACAGGAGAGAAGCCACACAAAUGCCAGGAGUGCGGGAAAUGUUUUUCUGAGAGUUCACACCUGGUUAGGCACAAAAAACUUCACACAGAAGAGAAGCCAUACCAAUGCUAGGAGUAUGGGAAAUGUUUUGCUCAGAAUG